AUGGCGCCCCGGAAAGCGAAGACGCAGCGGAAGCAGGCGCAGGCACGUCAACACACGGCGUCGCGGAUCUCCUCGGUUGUGCGGUACGGCCUGGCGACCGUCGCCGCCGCUGUGGCCCUUGGAUGGGGCGCGAGGCGCUGGUACAUCGACAACCCCAUCGGCCUCUCGCACUAUGCAGCGUCGACGGUCGAUUGGGAAGCCCGCCGGGAAGCAGUGAAGGAGGCGUUUGCCACGAGCUGGCAGGCUUAUACGCAGUUUGCCUGGGGUCAGGACCGGUACCACCCUGUCACGGCCAAGGGCUCGCAGAUGAGCCCGCGCGGGCUCGGCUGGAUCAUCGUCGACAGCCUCGACACCAUGAUGGUCAUGAACCUGACGGGGCCGCUAGCCGAGUCGCGCAAGUGGCUGCACCGGAGCCUGUCGUACGACCAGGACCAGGACGUCAACACGUUCGAGACCACCAUCCGCAUGCUCGGCGGCCUGCUGGGCGCGCACUACCUGGCGGGGCGCCUCCCCGACGUGGCCUCGCGCCGCGACGGCGUCUACCUGGCCAAGGCGGUCGAACUGGCCGACCGGCUGCUCGCCGCGUACGAGUCGCGCUCCGGCAUCCCGUACGCGAGCGUGCACCUCUGUCGGAGGAAGGGCCUGCCUUCGCACGCCGACGGCGGCGCGUCGUCCACGGCUGAGGCGGCCACGGUGCAGCUCGAGAUGAAGUACCUGUCGCACGUCACGGGCGACGAGCGCUACUGGCGCAAGGCGGAAAAAGUGAUGCAAGUGCUGGACGCCAACGCUGCGGAGGCCGGCUUGCUGCCCAUCUUUGUCCACCCGGAGACCGGCCGGUUCACAACGUCGGAGAUCCGCCUGGGCAGCCGGGGCGACUCGUACUACGAGUACCUCAUCAAGCAAUACCUGCAGACAUCAGGCCAGGAGCCGGUCUACCUCGACAUGUGGGAGGAGGCGCUGGCGGGGAUCCAGACGCACCUGGUGACGACGACGCGCAAGGCGGGGCUCAAGAUCGUGGCCGAGCUGCCGCGGGGCAUCGGCGGCGCGCUGUCGCCCAAGAUGGACCACCUGGUGUGCUUCCUGCCGGGGGCGAUCGCGCUCGGCGCCACGGGCGGGCACACGGUGGCCGAGGCGCGCGCCCGGCCGGACGGCUUCUGGACCGCGCGGAAGGAGCAGCAGAUGCAGCUCGCGCGGGAGCUCACCAAGACGUGCUGGGGCAUGUACGCGGUGACGCAGACGGGGCUCGCACCCGAGAUCGCCUGGUUCGACGCGGCCGAGGAGGACCUCCGGCCGCGGCCGGGCGACCGGCAGCAGCGGCGCACGCGCGACUCGCUGGCCGCGUGGAGGGACGACUUCGUGGUCAAGCCGCUCGACGCGCACAACCUGCAGCGGCCCGAGACGGUCGAGAGCCUGUUCGUCAUGUGGCGCGUCACCGAGGACCCGCUGUACCGUGAGUGGGGGUGGAAGAUCUUCCGGGCGUUCCAGCGCUGGACCAACGCCGGGCUGGACAAGGGCUACACGUCGGUCAACGACGUGAACAAGAUCCCGCCGCCGUUCCGGGACAACAUGGAGAGCUUCUGGCUGGCCGAAACGCUCAAGUACCUGUACCUGCUCUUCUCGCCGACCGACUUCCUACCUCUGCACGAGGUUGUGUUCAACACCGAGGCGCACAUCUUUCCGCGCUUCAAGAGCAAAUGGAAGACGGGGUGGACGCGGAGCCGGUAA